AGCUGGUCUUGGCUCGUCCGCUCGCGCCCGACACCACCGGCGACUUCGGCCCCAUGACCGCCUGGAGGACGCUCGUUUAGCGGGACGGGAAUGCCAACAAGGCACGUGCCCGUCCCGCGGCAAGCGCCCGUCCGGGCGCGGCCCAUCUCUGGAAAGCCCACAGUGCAGCGCAGUCAGAUUUGGACGACGACCUCCAGCCAGUUCUACCAUGACUGGAGACCGACCGAAGAGCACAGUGCCUUCCCUGCAGGUGCUGGUUCUGCCAGAGCUUUGCAGAACACUAAGGCGGACGCAGUCUCUACGCCGAGCACCACGAAGACCAACAAGGUUUGUUUGCCCAUCGUCCAGAUGAUGCGUAACGGUCACCAAGGACACGAGGGCCCACGAGCCUCUACCCGGACCUCUCGGAGAAGUCCAGGUGUCAACAACUCUUCAGGCGGUGGGAAUCGCUGCCGGGACUCCGGAAGCAGUUGAGGGCCGAAGACCUCCAAAUGCUUGCGGAGCAGGUGGAGGCCCUCAGCCCGGCCGACCGGAGUUCUCGCUCCCCAGGCACCAGAACCACAGCCCAGCAGGAUGAGAGCCCAAAGAAGGAGUUUCCCUUCAUUCCCUGCACUUGCUGUGAGCGUGAGUCUCCCAUUGCGCGGUUGAAGCGAAAUGCUGGGAUGGCGAACUUCGGUCUUCCUUCGGAGAGUGGGCGGUAGGAUCGCUGCGGCGAUUCGAGCCGGACGGGUGUGCCGUGUGGAACAGCGGUGCCGUGUAGGGAGCUUCGAGACGGUGCCGCGUCCGUGCAGCGAGAGCUGUGUAGUGAAAUUGAGGAAGACCCCCAGGCAAGGACCUUUUGGGUGAAGGAAGAUAG